AUGAAUCGAACCCCAAACAACGCAACCAUCACUGUGUCACCAGCAAAGCACGCCCGAGCACCUCGAAGAAAACGCGCACCGGCACCAACCGCCCAGGUUCGUGAAAAUAAGACAUUACGACGCACGCGCCGAGCGACGCGGGCUGAGAGUUCCCAACCAUUCCAAUUUCGAGAUGUCGAAGACAGCGACGAUGAGAAUGAGGAGGAAAAUGAAAAUACCACAACCGACCUGAAGGAACUGCUUCUGCUGGUCAAGGAGCUCAGGAAGACUAUUGACCAACAGAGCAGGUCGAUCCAAGGGGCCCAGUUCUAG